UUUCAAGCACUUCAAGGAGCAAAAGAGGGCGCCGAUACGAAUGGACUCUGCAAGCAAGCGGUCCUAGUAAUCUCAAGUGGUCCCAUGCAUCCUUCGUGAUCGCCCAUGCCUACUUACGAACCUGAUCACAGCCAGCAAUUCUAAUGGAACCGAUCCAGUCCUUAAGUCUUGAAGGAGCUGCUUUUUGGGAGAGACCAGCUGCCCAUUGAAAGCCACGGAGGACAUCUGGAUUGGGUGCUGUUUCUGCACCUAUGUCACCAGAGAUCAGCAUGGGAUCGUGAACCACCUGGUUGCCCAUGGUGAUGAGCAACACAAGUACCAGCAUCCUCCCAUGUCAUCUGCCUCUAGAUCCAAAGUGCUCAGCAACACUCAAAAGCAGAAAAGUGAUCGGUUAUUCAAGUGCAAGCUGUGCCCUCAAGUAUUCCUUCGGAGAUCCUUGCUGCUCGGCCAUAUUCAAGCACACACUGUUGAAGCCAUUUAAGUGCAAACUGUGCCCCCGUUCCUUCUUUUAUAAUUCUGAACUAACAAGGCAUAAUCUAACGCACUGUGGUUAAAUGCCAUUUAAGUGCAUGUUCUGCCCCCAAGCUUUUUUUCGGAAUGGUGAUCUGAUUGACCAUAAUCGAGCACACAGCGGCGAAAAGCCCUUUAAGUGCAAGCUGUGCCCCCAAGCCUUUGCUGAGAAUUCCAAUUUAAGAAGUCACAAUCGAACACACACUGGUGAAAAGCCAUUUAAGUGCAAGGUGUGCCCCCAAGCCUUUUCUCAUAAGUGCCAUCUGAUUGCCCAUAAUCGAACACACUCGGGUGAAAAGCCAUUUCAGUGCAAGCUCUGCCCCCAAGCCUUUUCUCUAAAUUCCAAUCUGACUGCCCAUAAUCGAACACACUCGGGUGAAAAGCCUUUUAAGUGCAAGCUGUGCCCCCAAGCCUUUGCUCAGAAUUCCAAUUUAAGAAGUCACAAUCGAACACACACUGGUGAAAAGCCAUUUCAGUGCAAGGUGUGCCCCCAAGCCUUUUCUCAUAAGUGCCAUCUGAUUGCCCAUAAUCGAACACACUCAGGUGAAAAGCCAUUUCAGUGCAAGCUCUGCACCCAAGCUUUUGCUCAGUAUUCAAGCUUAAGACAGCACAAUCGAACACACACUGGUGAAAAGCCAUUUCAGUGCAAGGUGUGCCCCCAAGCCUUUUCUCAUAAGUGCCAUCUGAUUGCCCAUAAUCGAACACACUCGGGUGAAAAGCCAUUUCGGUGCAAGCUCUGCCCCCAAGCCUUUUCUCUAAAUUCCAAUCUGACUGCCCAUAAUCGAACACACUCGGGUGAAAAGCCUUUUAAGUGCAAGCUGUGCCCCCAAGCCUUUGCUCAGAAUUCCAAUUUAAGAAGUCACAAUCGAACACACACUGGUGAAAAGCCAUUUCAGUGCAAGGUGUGCCCCCAAGCCUUUUCUCAUAAGUGCCAUCUGAUUGCCCAUAAUCGAACACACUCAGGUGAAAAGCCAUUUCAGUGCAAGCUCUGCACCCAAGCUUUUGCUCAGUAUUCAAGCUUAAGACAGCACAAUCGAACACACACUGGUGAAAAGCCAUUUAAGUGCACAUUGUGCCCCAAAGUCUUUUCUCAGAAAAGCAGUCUUAUCCGCCAUAAUCGAACACACUGGUGAAAAGCAAUUUAAGUGCAAGGUUUGCCCCCGAGCCUUUUCGGAUAAUUGUGAUCUGAUUGCCCAUAAUCGAACACACUCAGGUGAAAAGCCAUUUAAGUGCAAGCUGUGUUCCAAGCCUUCGCUCAGAAUUCCAACUUAAGAAGGCACAUUCAAACACACACUGGUGAAAAGCCAUUUAAGUGCAAGCUCUGCCCCCAAGCAUUUUCUGAUAAUUGCAAUUUGAUCACCCAUAAUCGAACACACUCAGGUGAAAAGCCAUUUCAGUGCAAGCUGUGCCCCCAAACCUUUGCUCAGCAUUCCCAUUUAAAAAGGCACAAUCGAACACACUCUGGUGAAAAGCCAUUUUAGUGCAAGCUCUGCCCCCAAGCCUUUUCUCAGAAUCUCGGGUUGAUCUGCCAUAGUCAAACACACUCAGGUGAAAAGCCAUUUCAGUGCAAGCUGUGCCCCGAGGCCUUUGCUCAUUGUUCCAGUUUAAGAAGGCACAAUCGAACACACUGGUGAAAAGCCAUUUUAGUGCAAGCUCUGCCCCCAAGCCUUUUCUCAGAAUUUCGGGUUGAUCUGCCAUAGUCAAACACACUCAGGUGAAAAGCCAUUUCAGUGCAAGCUGUGACCCCAAGCCUUUGCUCAUUGUUCCAGUUUAAGAAGGCGCAAUCGAACACACUGGUGAAAAGCCAUUUAAGUGCAAGCUUCCAUAGCUUGCACUUAAUUCUGAGGAUUCUCAGAAUUAAGAAUUAAUUUUCAGAAUUCUAAAAAGUCUUCGGGCAUCCGAAGACUUCUCAGAAUUCUCUUCUAACAAGGCAUAAUCUAACACACUCUGGUGAAGAGCCAUCUAAGUGCAAGCUAUGCUCCUAAGCCUUUUCUCGGAAUUUCAAUCUGAUCCGCCAUAAUUGAACAAACCUGGGUGAAAAGUCAUUUAACUGCUAGCUGUGCACCCAAGCCUUUGCUCAAAGUAGUAAUCUGUUAAAACAAUUGAGCACACGUGUAAGAAGCCAUAGAAAUGAAUUGACCCCAAGCCUUUGUUCAGAAUUCUCAUCUCAGAAGCAAUAAUCAAACACUUGAAAAGCCAUUUAAAUGCAAGCUGUGCCCCAAGCCUUUUCUUAGAUUUGUGAUUUGCUCGUACACAAUCGAGCAUACGGGUGAAACGCCAUACAAGUGUAAGCUGUGUCCCCAAGCCUUGGCUCGUUGCGAUCUGAUCCACCAUAAACAAACAGCUGUGAAAGCCUUAUAGUGCGGGCUAUGUGGAAUUGCAAUUUUAUGAACCACACCAAAACACUCACAGGUGAAAAGAUGUACAAGUACAAGCUUUGUCCCCCAACCUUUCCUUUGAAUUCUGGCCCACCAUAUUCAAAUGCACACAGGCCAGAAGCCUUAUGAGAUAACGCUGUUUUCCGAAGCCUUACUUCAGAAUUGAAAUCUGAUCAACCAUAGGUGAAAGGAUAUACAAGUGCGAACUUUGCUCUGAAUUUUUGUAUCCCUGUGUAACUGAGUGCGCACGGGCGAGAAUGACAUGUUUUGAUCCGUCACAAUCAAGUACACUUACACUGAAAUGUUUAUGAAGCAAGUUUAGCCUUCCGUGCAGCCUUUCCGUGCUUUGUAACAUGUAGAAUCAUUUAACUCAUGCAGAGAUAUACACCGUUUCAUUUGAAAGAUAUAAAUGCAUGCAGUGCCCCAAAAUGACAGGAAUGCAGUGCCUUAUAAAUGAAAGCAAUUUUCCUGUACAUUUUUUAAUGCCUCUGCCUCGUGGGGCAUGCGUUAAAGCACUGGGUGACGAACUUAAUCGCAAUUUCAUUAAUCGGGCGGCAGGGAGUGGGCUUUUGCACUGUCUAAUUCUCAGAACGGUUAGUUGUAUUUCUAGUAUUGUCACCACAUUGAUUGUGCAGGCAUAACCAAACUCUUGCAUUGCCCACAAGCCUUUCAUCUGAAUGCUACUGUUUGUAAUCGCACAAAUGUGUUGAGGGGUAGGGAGUAACUCCUCGCCAGAAGUUAUCAAGGGGUUGGUCAAUGUAAUGACAAACUUUUAACUUGUUAGUAGAUUGAAUUAGGGCAGUGUAACUCAUUUGAGGUGUAGCCUAAUAUGUUUGUUUCUACUCCUGUCUACAUAAAAGAUAGGCACUCGCAGAAAAUAAAUCUGUGACCAAAGUUUUGUGUGAUUAUGUAAAGAAAAAGGUCUGUCAGUCUCAAUUCUUAUACUGGCUUUUUUCUGCUUUUGGAAUUCUGGUACUGUAGUGUGGAGUAGUGUUUUAUGUUUUAAUUUUUACAUCCUGUAGCUUGCCUUACCUUUUUAGCAAUCAACUCAGCCAAGAACCGAUUUUUAAGUGUGUGUGCACUGCAGUGGUUCGUGCUCCCGAUUUGAACCCUGCUAUACUCGGGGACAACUUUUCUUGGCAAUGCAGUCAAGGGCACUGGCAUACAUGCCCUCUUCAAUUUUCAGCACUGAUGGAAGUUGUGCGUGAGCUCUCUUUUCUAAAAGGCCAAGAAAAGCUGUCCCCCUUCUAUAGUAUUCCCACACCACCAAGCAGGUUUUACAAUUGACAGCGUGUCAAUGUUUUGCACUCCAUAAUGUGUGUUCAACGCUGGUUUGAAGAGAGGUGUAGAGAACUGAACUGUCUUGAACUCGCUCAGAUUCGAAGUGUUCUUGCUCCCUUCCCUCGACUGGCAUCUUCAUAGUCAUGUAUUUAUACGACACCUGCUCCGAGAUAUCGCUCUUGUGUUUAGGUAAUCACAAUUUUCCGUUGCUCUGUAUUCUUGUUCUUGAUGGCUGUUUAUGUGUAUCUGUAUGUCGGAAUUCUCAGAGCGUAGGUGUCAUGUCUACCAGACGAUGUCUUUUGUACUAGCACUUCUAUUCUUUUGCUUGGUUUACUGCAUCCUGUGUAUUGCUGGUCGAUGUGUGCUUAGUUUUGCAUGGUGUAAUCUGUUUGUAUAGAUCUUCAUUGUGGAUUUUUUUUCUUACUCUCGUUUGUUUCUAAUAAAAUUCUGCAGAUGAUAAACUUGAAAUCAGAGUUUGGUAUCAGUGUUCCUCACAAAUAAAGCUAGACAUUUGGAGCUUCCAGUGUUAUAGUGCUGUU